UGUCAAGUGGGAAUUGUCUUCGUUUUCUACUAAAAUCCUUAUGAGAUGUAGUGUUAAGAACUUGCUCUAGUACAGUAUUUCUGUAUCAAAUUAUUGCGAAUUGAAAUGUCACUUGUCGCAUUUUUAUAUUCUUAACGAUUUUGAUAAAACAAUGAGCACAGAAGCACAAUUCAUUUUGGAAGAUGGUCAAGGUGGAGAAAGAGAUGAUACUAGAGCUAAACUGAUGGAAGUUGAUCAGUAUGAUCCUCAGAUCAAGACCUUGACAACGCUUGUAUAUUCACAUAUUGAUAAGUUCAACUUCAUUCACCAUAUGAUUGUGAAGUGUCUCGAAACAAUUGCUCCAGUUGCCAGGUUAUAUAAUAUUAAUCCUCGAACAGGUCAGCGCUGGUGGGAUAAGUAUAAGGAAAACCCAGACACUUUUUUCGAAAUUAAACCAAGAGGAUAUAUCAAAAAGCUCUAUAUCGAGCACAAGGACUUUCUGGUGGAGCUAUUCGAUAAAGAUCCAGCUGCAACCAUCGAGGACGCUAUUGAGGAGUUAUCGGCUAAUUUUGAAGAAAUUAAAAUGGAUUCGACCGCAGUUUAUGAUUUCUUGAAAGUUGAUAUGAAUUUCAUUUUUAAAAGAGCUGCAUUUCAUGCUGAGAAGAGGAAUAAUGAGGAAAACGUGGAGGAGAGAUACAAGUAGGCUACUCAGAUUGCCAAUUCAGAUGUCAAUUUCCUUAGAAAUUGCAUCUUUAUCGAUGAAUCCGGUUUCCACGUUAUUUGAAGCGUACUGGUGCUAGGGGACCUAAAAGAAAAACACUAGCGUAAGAAUACCUAGUCUUCUCACCUCUCAGCUUGUGCCUGUCUCAGUAGGCAAAAAAAAAAAGAAAGACUGAUACCGGAGUAGCAAAAAACAGCAAAAACCAAAGGGUAUUAAUGCUGACCAUUUUGAUGUUUUUAUAAAAG